UGUUGCUUUGCCUGUUGGGGGCAGUAUACAAUCUAACAACAAGGUCUGCUACCGGAAAUUCAGAAAACGUUUCAACGAAGUGUUUUCAUCGUGCAGAUUCUCUUCAGAGAGGGAGCUCGAAACCAGCCAUUACUGGACCAGGACUAAAAGGACCAGGCAGCACAACCAGGCAGCCUUCUCCAAGUAGCAUUAACUGUCCGUAGUUCACAGCCAGCCAGGUAGUCCCAGGCCCGGAACACCAUCAUCCAAAAUGGACUCCUGGGUCCGGUUCAACACCCAGAGUCAGGCCAAGGAAAGAGUUUUGAGGGCUGCACAGUAUGCUUGCAUGUUGUUGGGGUACACUCUGCAAAAAAGCAGUGCAGCCGCUGACCUCCAAAGAACUAUCAGUCAACUGGAAGCACAUAUGAGCCUGACAAGAAAGUUGCUGCGUCUGGGGAACUCUGUGGAGGCUCUGCAGGCAGCCAAGACUACCAUCCACCUUUCUGACAGUGUUCUGAGGCUGUGCCUUACCAUUGGUCACCUAAACAGAGCCAUGUACUUUGCUUGUGACAAUGUUCUGUGGGCAGGGAAAAUUGGCAUAUUUUCCAAACUUGAUCAACAUAAAUGGAAUCAUAGAUCUUUCAGGUACUACCUAUUUGCUCUGAUUCUCAAUGUCACUCGAGACGUGUAUGAACUCUGCCUGCUCCUGGACUGCGAGAAUUGUUACAGAAGUACCAAAUCACCAUUGCCUACUAGUUCCAGCAGUGCCAUCCCUACUGACCAACUGUCUUCAUCAUCAUCUUCUUCUUCCAUUCCAGUCACUGCGACUCCUGCUGUCAUGUGUGUAUCGCUCUGCAAACGCAUCCAUCAAGUAGGAAUUGUCCUGUACAAUAACCCACCUCUCCUGUUGGACCUGCUAAAGAAUGGCUGUGAUAUUUUUAUUCCACUGGACAAGCUGGGGAUAUAUCAAACAGGCCCAGGCUUUGUUGGGACUUGUGGGUUGCUCUCAUCAGUCCUCUCAAUUGCCACCAUGCUCCACCCAUGGCUGAAACUCAAGCCAUGAACCCAAAUAAAUCAGACACAACAGGUCAUUGCACCAAAUUCUGUGAAAGACAGGCUGUCCUGCCAUCACGGCUCUAGUUAUGGUUCCAUCCAACAGCAGGUGAAAAAAAACACAUGUCCUUGCUCCAUCUGGGGCCAAAUAUAUUAAAAAAGAUACCAAUAAAUGCAUAGCACUGAAUCGUGCACACACAGCAGAAAAGUUUGACAGUUUAAAUGUUCAUUUUUUAUUGGUUCAUUUGUUUAUUUGGCUGUAGUAAAGAUGUAUAUUGGAAAAUAUACAUUUUUACAAAAACUUGUAAUACUAUAUCAGAAAUAUAGUUAUAGUGUCCAAACAUACAUAAAUCACAUAGCAGCACAUAUACACAGGAGUUUGUUUUUCUGUCUACAGCACAGUAAUUAAUCUCACUGGACAAUGUGACUUUCUCUUUAAAAUGUGCUGAAUAAGGUGAAUGGCUUUGUUGGAAAUUUAGUUUACCAUCUGACCCUUAUUGCAGUCUAAAUUUCAGUUUUUCAAAUAAUUAUCAUAUACUAAUAUCCGAGAAAUAUGGUAUUUCACUAAUGUGAAAUAACUAGUGUAUCACUCACAUCAUUCACAUUGAUGACUUUUAACUCAAUGUGAAACUAAAGCAUGUUAACAAGAUGCAUUGUCUAUUAUUUCUCUUCCUUGUGGUUGUAAUGUGGUUGUAAUGUUAUGUUAUAUAAAGUACCCACCCUCCCCUUAUGUUUUUUCUAGAGGUUAGUUUGUCAAUAAGGGAAAAAAAAUUGGGUCUAAAAUUUGUUCAGACAAAAGUAAAAGAUUUCAAACGUACAUCCUGGUGUUGGACUCAGGGUCUUCGACCUAAUGACCUCAGUAAAUACUUUACUGUGAUUUUAAAAUACAUUUGUUCAAUGUUAAAUCUUUCCUUUUUAUUUAAUGUGAGCCAUGAGCCAUUUUGGUUGAAAAAAUUUUCCACCCAGGACUCAGACUAUGUUUCAGCCAAGGAAAUAAAAUCUUGGCUCCAGAAUAAACACUUCAAGGUCAUGGAAUGACCUGGCCAGUCUCCUGACCUCCAUCCCAUUGAAAAUCUAUGGAGAGCUGAAGCUUGGGGUUUACAAACACACGCCUAAAAAUCUUAAGAAUUUGGUGACAGGCCAAAAUUACUCCUAAAGUGUGUGCUCUCCUAAAAAAACAAAGACUACUGACUGCUGUUCUUUCCAACAACGGUUUUGCCACCAAGUAUUAAAUGAUGUUUCACUGGGGGGGUCAAAUACUUAUUUCCUUCAAUAUAAUUCAAAUUAUGUUACAUUUUUUCUCAUUUUAUGUAAUUGUCUGCUUUUCUUUUGAUAUUCUGUGUCACUGUAGGACAAUUCUGAUAUAUUUAUAUAUGUAAAAUGUUUCAUCUUUUGUGUACAUUUUUUUAAAGUGGGGGAUCAAAUACUUAUUUCCUUCAUUGUAAGUAAACAUCCAAAAAAGUUGAACAAAUAUGUCAAGAAUAUUUUUAUGCAUUUCCAUUAGACUUUACUUUUGCCUGAACUGAUAUAUUUCUAACAGAUAAAUCCUAAGUUUCUCUUAACUUAAUUUAUGUAACUGGAGCACAACACAGUGUAACAUUUCUGACUGGAAGGUUGACAAUUUGGACAGGACUAACAACCAGAGAGAGGAAGAAGAGGGAGGCUGAUUGGGAGCAGUGAAGAGGUAAACAGGAAGAGGCAGAGGAGUUGAUUCCAGUUCCCAUCUCACCGUUGUGUGGUAGUUUGUAAUGUAAAGAUUUGUGUCCCUUUACAGGAUGACGGUGAAGUUCCUAUUACCUUUCUCUUCAUUCCUCAACCCCAAUGAGGAAUAUUUUAAAUUUUUUUCUCAGCAUGUGGAGAUGGAAUUAUGGAGACCAUUUUCCCUAAGGAUCUUAUGUUCCCAUUUUUACUUUUUUGUGUUUUUUUCCCCCUUUCUAUCAAUGACAUGAUCUGUCAAAUUACUGAACAAAGAAAAAGUGAAUGUGAAUCUUGUCAUUAAUCUACAAUUACAAUUUACAAUACUUUACAAAAGAAUGUUAUAUGUUGCAUAGACAAUAUAUAACAGUGUAUAUAUUGUCAAUGUAUUGACAAGAUGACUAAUCAAUUUGUAUUUUUCCACAAUACAGGAGGGACUUACUCUGCUGACUCACCAACAUGUUAUUUGACAUAUCGGACUUUCAAGACCGAUGAACUAAGAAUUUUUAGAAAGACAUGGUGUGUUACUGUCUGUAUGAAUUUUGCUAAAUACACCUGUUUUGCAAAUGUCAAAGUAAAACUGUAAUAGGAAUAAUAAAUUGAUUAAAUAAAAAAAAAAGUAGUUUCCAAGAAUGCUAUUCAACAGUAAAUAUUAAGCCAGUAGUCAUGUUUCUGGUUUCUAAUACCCUUUGAUGAACAGCAGAAUUUCUGAAUUUCUGUUGCUUUGGUUACCCUUUAAAUCAUUGCCUAUGAGAUUUUCAUGAGAUUAUAGUGAACAGUUGCUUUUAAGCAAUAUUUAAUAUUUUUUUACUUUGACAUUUAAGUUUAUGCAUUUCUAAAACUGCACUAUUUGAGAAUUAAUAAGCAAACUUAUCCAAAUCAAUAAAACACAUAGUACAAAUCA